GUCGAGUCCAGAUCUCAUUGUUGGGGUCAGUUGUCUUGUUGCCGAGUUUCACGUUAGCGUUUGGGGAUGAUGCCAGUUACCUUGUUCAAUGCGGUCCUCAGACCCACACUUAUCAAUGUCAUGAAGACUUCAACUGUCAAAUUCUCUCCGACAGCUGUUUCAUGCAUUAUCCCCAAAAGCCACUUCCAUAUUUCUUCUGUCCGAAAAGAUAUUGAUCAAGCAGCCAAAUACAUUGGUGCUGGCGCGGCUACUGUUGGAUGUGCUGGAUCAGGCGCUGGUAUUGGAUCUGUAUUUGGAAGUUUGACUUUGGCAUACGCCAGAAAUCCUGGUCUAAAACAGCAACUAUUUACCUACGCUAUCCUUGGUUUCGCUCUGAGUGAAGCAAUGGGUCUGUUUUGCCUGGUAAUGGCUUUCCUCAUUUUGUAUGCUUUCUGAGGAUGCAUAUACCCUCAUGUACCUAGGCCUAUUUUCCAUCUCAACCAGACUUCUGGUCCAAAUAUGGAUGUAAGUCCAUUGUGCAGAUAAUAGACACUUAAUACUAGCAAAAUAAAUUGUUAUAGACUUGUUC